UUCCGUCGCCCAUGAUCGCAUUGACCAAGGCCAUCGCCGCGCUCGCGCGAGAUGGGCGAGUGGAGGACGCGACCAAGCUCUUCGAUUCCAUGGCGGAGCGCGAUCUAGUGGCCUGGAAUGCGAUCCUCGGCGCCCACGCUCGCUCCGGCGAUCUGGGAGCCACGGCAAAGAUCUUCCGGGAAAUGCCGCAGCGGGAUAUCGUGUCGUGGACGACAACGAUGGCGGCGUACGCGCGGCGUGGCCUGCUCGACCACGCCUCGGCGCUCUUCGAUCGGAUGCCGCUCCACGACCUCGCGUCCACGAAUGCGAUGAUCGCGGCGCUCGCGCGCGCAGGGGAGAUCCUCGCGGCGGAGGAGCUCUUCGAUUCAAUGCCCGUCCGGGAUCUCGCGUCGUGGGGCGCGAUGCUGGAUGGCUAUGCGCGAGCUUCGCGAUCGAUCCAAGCAGGGGAAUUUUUCCAUCGCGGCAUGCCGGAGUGGGAUCUCGUGUCCAUGACAGUGAUGAUCAAUCUCUAUGCACAGUUGCGGCAUUUCGACGCGAUCCAGCGCUUGCUGGAUCGAGUUCCGAUGGAGGGUCUCUAUCUCUGGAACUCACUUCUCUCGAUCUAUGCCCGGGAGGAAGAUCUCGCCAAAGCGAGAGAGGUUUUCGAUCGAAUGCCACAGAGGGACAUAGUUUCUUGGAACUCUCUCCUCUCGGCACAUGCCAACUCUCGGAAUUUUGGAGGAGAUGGGGAUGAUCCCGAGCUCCUCUUCGAUCAAAUGCCGCAGCACAACCUCAUCUCCUGGACGAUCCUCCUCACUUCCCACGCCAAUCGCGGCGCCCUCACAGCGGCAUUCCGCUGCUUCGAUCGCAUCCCACAGGAGCCCUCGAUCGUGUGCUGGAACGCGCUCAUCACUGCGUGCCUGCGCAGCGCCCAGCCCCAUUUCGCCCGCCAGAUCUUCGAUCGAAUGCCCGAGCGCGAUCUCUCCUCCUGGAACAUCAUGCUCUCGGUGCUCGCGGUGCUCGAUUCCUUCACAAUCGCGGAGAUUCGGGAGUUUUUCUUCCAUCGAAUGCCCGCCCACGAUCUCGCCUCCUGGAACGCGAUGCUCAAAGCGUGUGUUCUUAGAGGGAAUCUUUCCGAGGCGUCUCGAAUCUUCUCCGCCAUUCCUCUCAAGAGCCUUGCCUGCUACACCACAUUGCUUGCGGCGAAUGCACAGAGCGGCCAUGUCCACGUGGCAGAGAAGAUUCUCGAGAAUAUGCCGGAAAUAGACCUCGCGGCAUCAACUGCCAUGCUCACUGCCUAUGCCCAAAACGGGCAACUUGAAAAUGCUAGAAUUCUUUUCCAGAAUCUUAAGGAUAGAGAUCUUCUGGUCUGGAACGCGAUCCUGGCCGCUCAUCGUUACGACAUUUUAGAGUGCCAACGCAUCUUUGACGAGAUGCCGGAAUACAACGCUGCCUCUUGUAUUACGCUUCUUACGGCAUAUGCCGAAGCCCGGAAUCUGGAAAUUGCCCAGCAGAUUUUCAGGCACAUUCCAGAACAAAACCUCGAUACAUGGAAUGGAAUGCUUUCAUCGUACGCACGGAAUGCCAAGCUUGUGUGUUCAAGCCGUUUUCUCAAUCAUAUUCCGGAGAGAAAUCACGUGUCGUGGACAAUUGGAAUAACAGCAUUUGCUCAGUUUGGGCAUCCAGAUGAGGCAUUUGCUAUGUUCUCGGCGAUGGUCAUGGACGAUAUCACCCCGGAUGAGUCGUGCUUUGUCUCUCUCCUUGUGGCGAGCACCUUUGCAGGGAAACUUUCUUGCGGGAAAUCGGUUUUUGUCUCCAUGAUACUAGACUUUGGUAUUUCUCCAACCAAGAGCCACUAUGGCUGCCUCGUUGAUCUUCUUGCUCGUGGCGGCUACUUGGAAGAUGCGGCCAAUCUCAUUGCUGACAUGCCCUUCAUCCCGAGUAGAUCUGAGUGGACGAUCCUGCUGCGGGCACGAAUGAUUCGAAGCAUUGAUGAAAAAUGGGGAUUGAGUUCCAGGAACAGGGGCCAACUCAAAAGGGACUCAGGUGCAAUGCCAGGUUGAGGCAUUAGGAAGAGGGAGAUCUUUCUAUCACCUUUCGAGUUGCACGCUAUUGACGCGGAGCUGAAAUGAAGAAAUCCCACGCUCAAGAUUCUUCAAUCCCAAGGAGACGAGGAUCUACGUGUCUAACCAUUUUGGAACUUGGGCGGAAGGAGAGACCAGGUUUUCGAGGCCGCAACUGUGAAGGGAUGUUGCAAAUUUUGUUGGUGAAUGCGCAAAGUGCCAACGCUCAAGCAUCCAAGAAGGAAUUACUCCAUACUUCAUUGUGGAGUCAGGAAGGGCAUGCUGCAGUUUGGAUAAGCACACUUAUACCUUUCCAGGAAGCGGUACAGCUUUUCAUUAAGAUUGUAGGCACGAAGCUCAAGCUUUUUACAGACAUGCUCAGGAUUUAUUCUCCUGAGGAUGCUAUUUUUUUUCGUAGACUACAUAGAUUUCAAGUGUAACAAGACAGGUACAUCACCUUGAUCGAGUAAAAUAACAUGAAUGUGAAUGAGUGCUGUGAGUAUUUCGCCGAAAAGGGAAGCUCAUAUUGAUUUUAUGCCACGAAUAAACUUUAUUCGCCAAAAAGCGGCAUGCAAAUUGACAAACGCGUGCAAGACGAGGUUUCCCAAAGAAUUUAUGAGAAAUAUGAGUAUGCUAAGAUCUGGCGGAACCGGGUUUCAACUGGCAACAUCCUUCUCGCGGCGCCAACGAAGGCAUUCAAGUACAACGCGCUUGAGUGGAUUGUCAGCUACGAGGACUACCGGGGCAUGCCGAUGGUACGUGGCGUUGGCACCAACAGGAAGGGCUCUUCUUUCUCCAAGAUACUCUACGCGACUUGAUGAGCGGCAGGCUUUUCCUCAAAGUCUCUGCUAACACAAUCUUUGACGAUGAUCUCUGGGACACGCUUGGUGUCCAGGGGAUGGUCGCCAAGGAUGCUGCCGAAUGCGAUAUAAGAGACUUUGGUGGCACAUUGGAGAUAGUGCUGCUCAAGGCAGAACCUAGUGAUGCCCAUUCCCAGAUUGGUUCCAGCGACACCAUCCACCAAACUGUUCCAAGCUCUAACCAAGCUGUUCCAAGCUCUAACCAAGUUGUUCAAAGCUUUAUCCAAGCUGUUGUAACUGCAAAUGUGGACUUGGUAAGUGUUAUGCUUUUGAUAACUUUUCCUUGUGUUCACGUAAACAAGGAAAAUAAGGUGGCACCCAAGGUGCAAAGUGUUCGAUGUGGAGAUAAAGUGUUAACUUCCAAUGUC